AAGAGGGAGACACAGAAUCAGAAGCAGGCUCCAGGCUCUGAGCUGUCAGCACAGACCCUGAUGCAGGGCUUGAACUCACAAGCUGUCAGAUCAUGAUCUGAGCUGAAGUCAGAUGCAUAAAGGACUGAGCCACCCAGGCACCCCUUAGCUUCAUCCUUAAAUCAGCUGACAUGGCAGGGAAGGGGAAAGGAGGUUCAAGGGGACGGCACUAAAGGGCAGAGACACCCAGUGUCACUAAGCAAGACUUUUUAAGUUCCAAGCGGCUACCUGCGUAGGCUGAAUAAAUGAACUUCUAAAUUUCUGCUCAAAGUUCUGUAUCUUCAUUGCUGACACCAUAUAUUUGAGUUUGGGUCCGUCUGCAACUCAGCAACCACUGCCAUACUGCCUUUCGGUUGGGGACCUUGGGCUUGCUGCCCCACUGUCAUAAUAUUCCUUCCUCAUUCUUGCACUGGACCAAUGGCAGAAUGUCAUGAAAUUAAGAGUAUGUUUAAUUCGUGGCUCAGCUUCAAAAGAAAAAAGAAAAUGUACAUACACAUGCCGUGUCAAUUUAUACCACAUUUAACAUUGGGUUACCGAUUGUAUUUUGCCCCUGUAUGUGGAUUCUAACCUCACUUGUUCACAUUUUGAACAUACCACUUUACGACUAAGAAGUAAUCCCCUUUAAAAUAAGGUGUAAGUUAGAAUCCGAAUUCACCUUCUCUACACUACAUCUGCACACAGGGAGUUUGUCUUAUACCUCUCCACAGCUUAGUAUUUGAACACUAAAAUACCUACUGUCCUCUGCAUGAUGAAAGCAUUGGAACUGAGGUCUAGGGAUGUUCUAUCCGGCCUCCACUUCCUCACACUUGCUGUAACUCAGGGCACAGUAACUAUUUAUUUUGCCCUGCCACCUGUCACAUUUAGGAGGGGCAGAGGAGCGCGGCUGUGGGACUGUCAGCUUCGCCUGCUAUGCUGACCUCCAGCACUUGACCUUUCAAAGACCGCUGGAGAAAGACGCCCAAAGCUUCUUCCGGGAUCUUCCAGGGCCCGGUACUUGGUCGUAGCAAGACCGAGGCGCAAUUCCUAGUGGCUUGCAAGUUUCCAGCGGGGAGGACAAAUCUAACUGAACACUGAGGCCACCUCUCUGACCCUUUGGGAAAUGGCCGGAGGUUAGGAAACGCAUCACCGCGGCCUGCCGAGCCCAGAGGACUCGCCUCACAAACGAGAGCCCUCGCAAACAGGCGGGCCGCGCACGGUGCCAGGAUUGGAAGACCCGCCGGGUGCCCCCUCCCGGCCCCAGGCGGCGCGGCGAGGCAGGGCUGUGGGAGACUGCGCGUGCGCGCUCGGCGGCCGGUUCCGGAGACGACGUCCCCAGCCGCCUCCCGUCUGCCGCGACAGCAUGAAGACCGCCGAGGACGCCAGAGGAGUGCAUGGCGAGGGGCCGCGGAGGCUAGGCCUCUGCCUCCUCUGCGGCCUGCCCGCGGCAGGAAAAUCGACCUUCGCGCGGGCCCUAAGCCCCCGGUUACGGCAGGAGCGGGGCUGGGCGGUCGGCGUGGUCGCCUAUGAUGACGUCAUGCCGGACGCGUUCCUCGAGGAGGCGAGCGCGCGGCCGUUGCCAUCCCAAUGGAAGGUGCUUCGACAGGAACUGUUGAAGUACCUAGAAUACUUCUUGUUGGCUGUCAUUAACGGGUGUCAGAUGUCUACCCCACCCAACAGGACUGAAGCCAUGUGGGAGGAUUUUAUAACCUGCUUAAAGGACCAAGAUCUGAUAUCUUCUGCUGCACCGGAGGCCCAGUCUUGCUAUCUCUUAACAAAGACUGCUGUUUCUAGACCUUUGUUUUUGAUUUUAGAUGACAACUUUUAUUAUCAAAGUAUGAGAUAUGAAGUCUACCAACUGGCUCGGAAAUAUUCAUUAGGCUUUUGCCAGCUUUUUUUAGAUUGUUCUCUGGAGACCUGUUUACAGAGGAACGGCCAGAGACCCCAGGCGCUGCCUGCUGAGACCAUCCACCUGAUGGGAAGAAAGCUGGAAAAGCCCAACCCCGAGAAAAAUGCUUGGGAACACAACAGCCUCACAAUUGAGAGUUCAGAAUGUUCUUCCGAAGCCAGCCUGAAGUUGACCGAUUUAUUGCUUACUGCUUUGGAAAAUCCAGUAAAAUAUAUUGAGGACAAUGUGGAACAAAAGGAAGCAGACAGAAUCAUUUGUUCAACCAACCUUCUUCAUCAAGCCGAUCAGAUGCUCCGAAGGAUUGUCUCUCAGACGAUGAAGGAAGCAAAAGAAACCGAAGGGGCAAGUGCUCCUAAUCAGGAAGACCAGCAAGCAGUGGGGACUACAAGCCUUUUCUCUUGGAUCCCAGUCCAGGAACCUAUACACUCAAGUGUCAGAAGGGACAUUUUUGGUGCUGCAACUUCAUGGGAAUAGCAGUACUAUUUGUGUGAACACAUCAAGCCGCCUCCUCCACUGUUUCCUCCCUGCUUCACCAGGAGAAAAGUGAUCUUGCUGGUCGGUGAAAACCCAAUAUCCAACAGUGCCACGGCAUGGAAGGGACAAGGCUGUGUCCCCCUCUCCCAUUUCUCUCUCGAGCCGGUGACUCCAAAGAUUUAAUGUGCAUGUAUAUGAAUCACAUGAGCAGCUUUUAAAAAUACAGACUGAUUCAGUAGAUCUGCACUGGGAACUGACAUUUUACACUUCUGACAAGCUCCCAGAUGAUGCCUGGCCAGUGCUGUUGGCCCCUGGACUACAGGCCACAGACCAUCUUCAUCAGGGGUCAGCAAACCUCCCGUAAGGAUCAGAGAGUAAAUACUUUGUGGCUUUAUGGGCCACAUGUUCUCUAUCACGACUACUCAACUCUGCUGUUAUAGCACAAAAACAGCUAUAGAAAACAUGUAAACAAGCAAAUAUAGCUCUGUUUUGAUCAAAUGUUACUUACGGAUGCUGAUGUCUGAAUUUCAUAUAAUUUGCACAUUAUAGUAUUGUUUUGGUU